GCUCUGACCGCAUCCAUUGGCUGUGCACUCCCAGCUUGGUUUAGCAUCGAACUCAACCUUUCUACUCUUGCUCUGUUUUCGCGAUGAAAGGGCUCACGAAAACCAUCAAACGGACGCCGUUCAUGGUAACCAGCAAGGUCGGGAUGUCCAAGAAGUCACAGGACACGGAAUUCGACGACUAUCAACGUCAUUUUGCGAACAUGGAGAAGGCCUCGGAGAAGCUCCUCAAGGACACCAAGUCCUUUACGAACGCCGUCAACUCGCUGUUCACAUCUGGCGCCAAUUUCGCGACUCACUUCUCGACCCUCUUCCAUCCGAUCGCAGGCGAAUAUGACCUCAUUGGCAAGAACCCCGACUCGUCACACACGAUUCACAGCCUGGGGAAGUACGAAACUGCCAUGGAAGAGCUGCGUGCUGCGGUAGGGCCCGAGCUCGAGUUGAUCGAGAGUCGGAUCGUCGCGCCGGUCAAGGAGUUCCAGCAAGUGCAGAAGACGAUCCGCAAGACUAUCACCAAGCGGGACCACAAGCUAACAGAUUACGACCGCUUCAACAACUCUCUGACCAAGUUGAGAGACAAGAAGGAGAAAUCGCUUAGCGACGAGAAGAACUUGUUCAAGCUGGAGCAAGACUUCGAAGUCGCGACGAAUGAAUACGAGUUCCUGAACAACUCCCUUAAGGCCGAUCUGCCCAGGUUCAUGAUGCUCUCGACCCAGUUCAUUGAUCCUUUGUUUUCUUCGCUAUACUACAUGCAGUUGAACAUCUUCUAUAUGCUUGUGGAGAAGAUCUCCGCGUUUGCAGAGGAAGCCAAGUGGGAAGUCACCGGAAUGUCCGGAUCGCAAAUCGAAGCGGACUACGAGAGUAAGCGGACCGAUGCCUGGAGCACCAUCGAGGAGAUGAGCAUCACCAAGCGAAUCAUCUCUACUUCCAAGAUGGUGCAAGCUAACCGUGCCAACGGAGGCGGAAGCACCCUCAGUCGCUCGACGACGUCCGCAUCGAAAGUUUCUCUCUCGCCUCAGCCGUCGUUUGUCAAGAAAGCACCCCCUCCGCCUCCCGGCUCGUCGGCCGCGGCCGCCCCGCCGCCGUACACAGCCGGAUCGACCGUGACGAAGAAAGGACCGCCGCCUCCCCCGCCGCUCAAGCCCAAGCCCAAGCCUGCGGUUCAGUAUGUUGUGGCGUUGUAUGAUUUCGUCGCCCAGGCGGACGGCGACUUGUCGUUCAAUACGGGUGACAGGAUAGAGAUUGUGGAGCGUGGAGCAAGUGCGGAUGAUUGGUGGACGGGACGAUUGAAUGGACAACAGGGCGUAUUUCCAGGUAACUACGUGCAAGACACGUAAGGCGUGUGUCUGUUGCGACCGAAGAGCGUAUGCACCGAGAGUGUAUUUUUACUGCGAAUUCGCGAGGAGCAUGUAUAUUUUACCGCGCGUCGUACUUGGACACCGGACAGAACCUGUUCGAUUGAUAGGCUUUCUGGAAUCUCACAGAGGCUUACGGUGCUUCAUAUCGUGCUCGGGUUUGAAGCCCGUCGACACCGUCUCACGCAAAAAGAAAGCCUAAAUCAUAAUGGCUGAUGGGCAACUUCACAUUGUCACAUGUACAAUGCCUUUUCAUUCUGGUCCGUCAUGGUAUCGGACUGGGAGGCACGAUGGAUCUUGCUCGAGGGACUAGCCUUCUUGAGGAGCCAUGCCUCCUACGGUUUCAGUACGGACAGAGAUGCAGGGUCACGGAGUGGACCGGCCGACACUGGGACAGAUGGAUGAGAUCGGCGGCCCAGCCAUCCCGGCGUUCCCAUGCGACGCCGUGCAGGAGCUUCCUUGCGACGCACAAGCUCAAAUCGAGUUCUGAUCACGAGCGCAUCAGGCUCGAGCAUCUUGUCCAAUUGAAGAUUGUGUUCAAGAUUCGGCCCAGAAGCGGAACCAGAUUAUCUGCAGGGCGUGCCGUAAGCAACUCACGCAGCGAGCGUAAGCAACGUUUGAAGAUUUGCGGUCUGACCUGACGGCAUUCUGGCUGGACCGGCCAUCAGCUUAUGUAGAGAACGCGAGGCACUGUAGAAGCUGUUGCAUCACACGACUGGCGAGUUUUUGACUGCAUCUCCACUGGAAAGUGCCAAUAAGUAGGUGCUAAUGCUGUUGCCGGCCUGAAAGCCCAACACCGCCUCCUGACAGCAGCUGCAUUGUUCUAUUGCUGGGACCCGCCCGAAGUCGGCGCCUUCCGAGAUUAUCGAUCUAUCGACACCGUCUGACUCGGCGUCAGCUUCGCGGAACGGCAUUUUGACCCAUGUUUUGGGUACGUACAAGGGACUGCGAGAAUUAAAGUGAAAUGAAUAAAUCGUGUGCACGGAAGGGGCCUAGCGUCCAAAGAGCCAGGGAAUAGGCUCCAUGCGUCUAGCAGAAAACCGCUCGAUUCGUAUCAAGCUGCGUACAUGCAAUUAGCAGGGUUACGGCACGCGACUGGAUAUGGGCGCUUGUUCACCGCCCUCCUGCCCAAUCGGGAAAGGGCCAUGACGGUUGGGGAGUCAUUUUGGCAUCAGGCUUCUCGAACCGCCAUCUGCAGUAUAAUGACUUGGUUGAGAAGAACUGGGCUUGACACGCUUAUAAGCAAGCCGCCGCGUCAAGAGAUGUUCAACGUGAAUUCACAUUCCUAACACUCUACCACAACGCAACCGACGAUGCCCAUCCCCGUAACGCGACACGUCCACUUCGACGAGCAGAUCGUUGGCCCCUUGACUCCAUCUCCGUCCGUGUUUUCCUCGGCGUUGCCUUCGCCUCGCGCAUACAGCAGCCCUAUGCAUUAUCACCCAUCCAUGCAACAUGUCCCUGCAUCCACCACACCGCACACCAUACGCCUCCACCCCGCGCUCACCGCCCCCGGAGCAGCGGCGCUCCGUUUCGCCUUCAACAAGCCAUACGGCAGCAUGAUGGAGAAGCGUGACCCGAAGGAGGCGGGCGUGCUCAACGCUGCGCUCGGAGAGCCGGCCACAUGUCCCACUCAACGUACGAUGAUCAUCGCGAACCCAAACAACUCCUCGUGGGACAUCGAGAUCACUGCGCGCGAUGGGAGGGCGGUCACCGUGGAGGAGGUCCUCUGGGCCGUCUACCGGUCGCUGAGGAUGACCGCGCCGGCCGUGCAUUACGAAGAGCUGCCCGACGACCGGGAGAGGGAGACCGUCGCCGCCGCAUUCACGCGACGGUGGUCAUCCCUGCAGGACCCAGCAGCGUGCCAAUUGGAACACAUGAAGGGGCUGAAGAGGGUGGACUAUUUGGGACCGGCGGUGAACUUCGUGGGGCUGAAGUGGUUUGCGCCCGACGUGUACCACCUUCUCGUCGCCUGAACGCGCCAGCCCCCGAGAUCGCCGUAUACCCACCGCCCUGCCCUAUACCCCAGAUUCGGACUUGUAUCAUUAUUUACCGGGAAUUGCCCGAAAGCCCCUGCUGUCUUAUUAGUCAUCUCAAUGUAUCCAUGUAUGGUCUGCACGAGUCUG